AUGGAUAGGGAACAAGAAGAGAUGCAAUUUCUCAGUCUCUUUGGUAUCUACAAAGAAGCUUGCAAGAUCAUGUACUCAUGGAGGAGACUCUUAGGCCAAAUCAGCUUGGUCUUAAUCCUUCCUCUGUCCGUAAUCUUCUUGGUUCAUAUGCAAGUAUCUGAGGUUUUUUUCUCAAAGGUCGUCCACAAUGAAAUUGUCUUGGAUGAUGCCCGAGCUGUGUCUCCUACAUACAACAAAGUCUCCAAUGUUCUCUCUUCAGAAUGGACCACUUUUUGGCUUUUCACAGCUGCAUACUUCACUAUCCUCCUCAUCCUUUCACUCCUCUCUACCUCAGCUGUGGUUUACACCAUUGCAUGUAUUUACACAGGCCGUGAAGUCGAUUUCAAAAAGGUUAUGAGUGUUGUCCCAAAGGUUUGGAAGAGGCUUAUGGCCACGUUUUUGUAUUCUUACCUAUUCUUCUUCGUUUACCACAUUCUGGCUAUUGUCAUCCUCGUUAUUAAUAUUUGGAUACUUGGAUUUGGGUCAACCAAGGCUUUUAUUCCCAUAUCAAUUGUUUUUAUGAUCUUUUACUUUGUGGGGUUUGUGUACAUGACCAUAGUUUGGCAAUUGGCUAGCGUUGUGACCGUGUUAGAAGACACUCAUGGAUUUGGGGCCAUGAUUAAGAGCAAGGCACUUAUACGGGGAAAGAUGGGUGUGACUGCUUUGACAGUGCUCUAUUUCGUUUGCAAGUCCUACCACCAUGAAAACAUAGACAAGUCAGCCCUUUCGGAUCAUCUUGAAGUUUAUCUAGGGGAGUAUGUUCCUUUGAAGGCCAAGGAUGUUCAGCUUGAGCAAUAUCAUGUUUGA